AUGGCAGAGAAGAUAGACGAGGCUGUCUUAAGUCGCCAAUUAUACACAAUUGGUAAAGAGGCGCAAAUGCGUAUGCUCAGCACUCGUGUGUUGAUUGUUGGGUUAAGUGGGAUUGGAUGUGAGAUCGCCAAAAACGUGAUAUUGAUGUCCGUCAAAUCGGUGGGGCUUUUGGACAACACAAAAGGGGGUCUUAAAGAGGUCGGUAACAAUUUUUUCUUUUCUGAGUCUGAUAUCGGAAAAGUAGUAAGCGCCGCGACUGUUUCAAAGUUCCAAGAACUCAAUCCAAGUGUAUCUGUUAAUGCAGAAACGCGUGAGUUGAAUGACGAGUCACUUUAUUCGAACUAUGACAUUUUGGUGUUGACACAAUUAUUGGGGGAAAAGGAGUCAAUCAUCGUCAAUGAGAACUGCAGAAAACACAACAUCAAAAUGGUCUACGCAGUUAAUAGAGGUGUCUUCUCUAUGAUCUUCAACGACUUUGGAGACAACUUUGUCGUGAGUGACACUAAUGGAGAGAACCCAAGAAGUUUCAUUAUCAAUGAGAUC